AAAGGUAAACGAAGAAGAAAUGAAAGUUAAUGUGGGCUCCGGCUUCCAGCUAGUCAAAUGAGGCAAAUAUUUCAUCAGACAUCAUUCGGCCGAUGUGAUAGUUUAGAGGCUGAAGCAGAAGGACUGUGAGCUCUACGUGUCAGCAUGGCCGCUGCGGAGGGAAAUAAACUUUGGGGUGGUCGGUUUGUGGGAGACACUGACCCCAUUAUGGAGAAGUUCAACGCCUCCAUCGGCUUUGACCAGAGGAUGUGGGAUGCAGAUAUAAGAGGCAGUAAAGCCUAUGCCAAAGCUCUGGAGAGGGCCAGGCUGGUCACCUCUGAAGAGAAGGACCAGAUUAUAACUGGAAUGGAUCAGAUAUCUGAUGAGUGGUCUAGAGGUGUGUUCAUGAUCAAACCUGAAGAUGAAGACAUUCACACCGCCAAUGAACGAAGGCUAAAGGAGCUGAUCGGAGCACCUGCAGGGAAGCUCCACACAGGCAGGAGCAGGAAUGACCAGGUGGUCACUGACAUGAGGCUGUGGCUGCGUGACGCCAUCUCAACCCUGAAAGAAAAUGCCUUACAGCUGAUGUCAACUAUGGUGGAGAGGGCAGCUGCAGAAAUUGAUGUCCUGUUUCCUGGUUACACCCACAUGCAGAGAGCUCAGCCAAUCAGAUGGAGCCACUGGAUUCUCAGUCAUGCAGCAGCUCUAAGCAGAGAUGUGGAACGUCUUCAAGAGAUCAAGAAAAGAGUCAACGUUUUACCUCUUGGGAGUGGUGCCAUCGCUGGAACACCAUUUGACAUUGACCGGGAGCUGCUGCGUCAAGAGUUGGAGUUUGACAGCAUCAGCGUCAACAGCAUGGAUGCCACAAGUCAGAGGGACUUUGUUGUGGAGUUCCUCUUCUGGGGUUCAAUGUGUUUGACCCACCUCAGUAAAAUGGCUGAGGACCUGCUGCUGUACAGCACAAAAGAGUACUCCUUUAUCACACUCUCUGAUGCCUACAGCACAGGCAGCAGUCUGAUGCCCCAGAAGAAGAAUGCUGAUAGUCUGGAGCUGAUCAGGAGUAAAGCCGGUCGUGUGUUUGGCAGAUGUGCAGGUUUCCUGAUGACUCUGAAGGGCUUACCCAGCUGCUACAACAAAGACCUGCAGGAGGAUAAGGAGGCCAUGUUCGACUGCUAUGAUACUGUUCAUGCUGUGCUUCAGGUGACGACCGGAGUCAUGUCAACUCUCAAGAUUAACCCGACUGUGAUGGAAGCAGCUCUUAGUCCUGACAUGUUGGCCACUGAUCUGGCCUAUUACCUUGUAAAAAAGGGGAUGCCAUUCAGAGAGGCCCAUGGUGUCUCUGGUAAAGUUGUAUUUGCAGCAGAAUCCAAGAAUGUGGCCUUAAACCAGCUCACUAUGGAAGAUCUGAGCACUGUUAGCCCUCUGUUCAGAAGUGAUGUGUCCUCAGUGUGGGACUACAGCAGCAGUGUGGAGCAGUACAGCGCCCCCGGAGGAACGGCAAAGAGCAGCGUUACUGCCCAGGUGGAACACCUGAGGACCUGGAUGAGGAACCAAGCACAGUGACGCUGACCCAGCUGUGGUCCUCUUUAAUUGAAUCAGGUUUAUGGAAAAAUAUAUCACUCAAAUAACACAGAGGUCAAAGUGACUUACGAUAUAUCUUCAGAAUAACGUUACUGCUUCUCUUUAGUCUUGCAUAUAACUUGUCUAUGUAUAACCUACAUGUUUUGCAGAUGUUACAAAUUUUCUGGACAUUUCAGCAGUUAAAUAGAUGAAUAUAUAAAUAUAUAUAAAGCAUUUGAACAAUUUUGAGACUUCACUAGUUCAAAGAAACCUCAAAAAUUACUGUCUCUGAGCCAUAUUGGGUAUAAUGGUUACAAAGUAGAAUCAGUGGUUAUUUUUGCUUUAAAUACUUGAAAGAAGGAAAGACAGUUUCACCAAGCAGAUCACAGAUCGGCUCAAUCACGUUACACCUGCAGGAAAAUAUGCAGCACCGCUGCCCUCCAGUGUGACUUCAGUGUUACUGCCAACAAUGUUACUGCCAGUUGAAUUUCAGGAAAAUAAAAGCAACUUUAAAGAGGA